CACGACUACGUUCUAAACACAUUUUUUUUCCCCCUCUCGCAACGUUCAAGUGAAAGGAUGGACUCUCCUGAGAAAAGUGGAAAACUACAACACAAAGAGUCAGCGGAGGAUGUAGGGUGUGCGAAAGAUCUUAAAGAUGAUCAGAGCGUAAAUGAAGGACUCGAAGAAGACUUGGAAGCGACAGAGAAAGCCAUCCAGGACCGAGCAGACGCCGUCGCUUCACUUAAUCGGAGGCCCAGCGCCUGUCACCAACAGCUUUCUGUGUUUGACUUUUUACUGAAUUUCCUGUUCCAACACGGCAUGACGGGGACUUUGGCGUGUUUUGAAGCGGAGUGGUCUGAGCUGCUGCUGAACGGAGACGUGGACGCGAAGCAGAUCGGCCUGAUCCCGAAAGUGUACACCGAGAACGAGCAUUUGGCCCGAGAGCUGAAAAGUGCUUGGCAGGAGAAGGAGGAGUACAUGCAGGCGGCCGCUGUCGCAGCCGAGGCCCUGCAGAGGGCCAAGAGAGCCAACGAUGCCCACCGGCUGGAGCAUCAACGCUUGGUCAGAGAGGUAAACAGACUCAUUGUGGACAUGAAUAAGCUGAAACUGCGGUGUGAGAGCUACCAGCCUGAAGUAAAGAGGAUGAGUGACAAAUACCAGGGGCUGUCAAAGCAGGUCCUGCAGGUGGCGCUGGAGAGGGACAAAGCGCUACUGCAGGGGGACAAUCAGGCUGCCCGACUGGAUGCCUCCUCAUCUCAGACCAAUGGAAACAGUGGUUCAUUGAAAUAAAUGUUAACUUCAUAACAAUGUG